GUAAAUGUGGAAAUCGAGCGAGACAGGGAGGGGUACAGAGACUUACUGGACCGGGUCUCUCUCUCUCUCUCUCUCUCUCUUGCUUCAAAGUCUUAUUCCUUUCUUUUCGUAAUAUUUUAUUUAAUUUUAAACAUUUCAUACACAACUAUUUUGCUUAUGUAACGCUGCGGUUCUAAACUUGGUUGUGUUUCAAGCCCGGCCGCCGCUGUUUUUUUUUUUUUUCUUCUUCCUCGGGACUUCUGUACAGCGUUGUGAAAAACCAGCAAAGAAGAAAGGAGGAGAAACAACAUGGGGCGAUAAAUGAUAAAAAAGGGAGAAAGAGGAAGGCUCGUGAACCGACGAUGACUCCUUGGGAGGAUCCGUGAAUCAUAUUUAUUAUCAUUUUUUUAAAUUUAUUUAUUUCCCCCCCCACACUCCCGCUUCCUUUUGUCUUUUUUUUGGGGGGGGGUUGCAUUUUUUUCCGCCUCUCCUCGCUACUUUAGGGAGAUUAUUUGGAAGGGUUAGCGGGGCACCUUUUAAGAGGAAGCGGACACAAGCAUGAUGGACCAAGCCGGCAUCCUGAGAAAGUUUAUCCAGGGCGUGAGGUCCAUGACCGAAGGGGACGACGACCGGGGAGAGGACAACUUCGGCAGCGACUUUAUGCGUCUCCGGCGGCUGUCCACCAAGUACCGCACGGAGAAGAUCUACCCCACCAACAUUGGCGAGCGAGAGGAAAACGUCAAGAAGAACCGAUAUAAGGACAUACUGCCGUUCGAUCACACUCGAGUGAAGCUGACGUUAAAAACAACCAAUCAGGAUACAGAUUACAUCAAUGCCAAUUUCAUUAAGGGCAUGGAUGGCCCAGAGGCCUACAUCGCAACUCAGGGCCCCCUCCCCAAUACUGUGGUGGAUUUUUGGAGGAUGAACUGGGAGUACAACGUAGCCGUUAUUGUGAUGGCCUGUCGAGAGUUUGAGAUGGGAAGGAAAAAAUGCGAGCGGUAUUUCCCGCUGUUCGGGGAGCCCGUGAGUUUUGGCCCGUUCAGAAUCUCCUGCGAAUCGGAGCAGGCCAGGACCGACUACUCCAUCCGCACUCUGGUCGUGGAGUAUGAGAAUGAAACCCGGAGGAUAACGCAGUUCCAUUACAUAAAUUGGCCCGAUCACGACGUCCCUUCGUCGUUUGACUCCAUCCUGGAUAUGAUCGGACUAAUGAGAGAAUACCAAGAAAACGACGACGUCCCCAUAUGUGUGCAUUGCAGUGCUGGCUGUGGGAGGACAGGAGCCAUCUGUGCCAUUGACUACACAUGGAACCUCCUCAAAGCUGGGAAAAUUCCAGAAGAUUUCAACGUAUUCCGGUUGAUCCAAGAAAUGAGGACGCAGCGACACUCAGCUGUUCAAACGAAGGAGCAGUACGAGUUAGUCCACCGAGCAAUCGCGCAGCUCUUCCAGAAGCAGCUGCAGCUACUGGAGAGCCCCACAAACGUGCAGAUACAUGACGUCAUGGAUGAAAGAAGUCCAGACAAAGUAAGCCAGCAGUCAGAUGAUGAGCGAUGGGACACGCCUCCUCCUAAACCACCUCGCAUACGCAGUACACAAGUGGAAGGGGAUGUCAAAGAGGAGAUACUGCAGCCCCCCGAGCCUCAUCCUGUGCCCCCCAUACUGACCCCAUCGCCCCCGUCAGCUUUCCCCACCGUCACCAACGUUCGCCAGGACAACGACCGCUACCAUCCCAAGCCCGUUAUACACGUCCUGGCCACCGCACAGCAGAACAUCACUCAGAAUGAAGGCGCGGCCAAGGAGAAGAAUGUGGCAGAAGCAGAUCCCACGACAAAGACCGGUCCAUCAGAACCAAGAGAUCAAAAUCUGCUCUGUCAAAAGCAGCAGAUGUCCAAUUUGGAUCUCAAUGAAAACUACAACAACAAACUAUCUGCGGCGACAGCAAAGUCUGAAUCGGGCCCAAGCUUGUCUCCUUCUUUGCCCGUAUCGCCCGCAGCCGAAAGCUGCGGCGCGCCACGGAUCGAGAGGAAGCUCAGCAUCGAGAUUAAAAAGGUGCCUUUGCAGGAAGGACCUCGUAGCUUCGACACUUCCUCCGCCACGGGAGGGGCGGGCGCAGCGGGUGGUGUCUCGACCAACACCGCUGGCAUGCUGCAGAGAUGUCACGCCUUCAAGGCCCGCUCUGGACAGUCCGCCCUCACGUCCAGCUCCUCGCUGUCCGAAGACUCCGGUACGGAGGGCGGGGCGGGCGGAUGCGGCGAGAGCCAACAGGAUGCCGGCGUCCUCGCCAGACCGAACCACCUCCCAGUGAAGAGCGAUGGCGGAGAGAGAGCGGAGCUGAAGGCCGGCCACGUGGCGUGGACUCAACCCUGUGGCAGCCCCGAAAAGCAUUUCCCGAAGACCUCCUCGUCCUCAUCCUCCUCCGAUCGCGUCGCGCCGUCUUCCUCCUCUUCCUCCCAUCUUUCCUCCUCGUCCUCCUCCUCCUCCACUCCAGUCAGGACUGCGCUGAGUUUCACCAACCCGCUGCAUUCCGACAACUCUGACGAAGAGGGCGACGGCGAGAUGUCGGCGGGCAAGGAGGGUUAUCGCACCAGUGUUUCCACGGCGACAGUCACGUCCCUUCACUUUGGAGAUAACCAGCCGGUGCGGAAAGUGUCACCUCUGUCCAUCGCGGGGCAGAGCUCCUCGUCGCCCGCUGCAGUCACAGCAAACCCUCUGGAGGUCAGGACCCCAUCCUCGGUUGAGUUGAGCGGUUCGCACAAAGAUCUGUCCGAGUGCGUGAAGAAGACCUCUCCAGCUGAUUGUCAACGUUCCAGCUCCGCAGCAACCAAUAGCAAGGCAGACCUGGGUGGGGUUCGAUAACUGUCGCAUUCCGCCCAAAGGCCUUCCACGACGCCCCCUGGAGUGGACAUGACGGAGCGCUCCGCCCGCAACAAUGUAAUCCCUUUGGAGACGGAUGGGCGGUUCGAAACCGAGCUUAUGAGACGCCGUGCCCGCGGCUCUCCCUUCUUCCUCAUCCUCUUCUUCAGUUUCCCCCCUCCCAACGCAGUAAGCCGGAGGCUUGUCCGUUCGGAACCAAGAACGGGACUGUCCUCUGCAGCUCGCCGAUGUCGGGCCUGGGCUCCGUCUGCUUACUCCCCGGUUAGUUUGAAGCCUGAUAUCCUUGACGUGAGAGCAAAUAAGGACCGCGAUCCUCUCUUUACCUCGGAGACACUUCCUCUUCGACCAAACGGAAGCUCUUCUGUUAGACGUUCUCCUUUCGACCUACACUAGCUAGAAGCGGUCCUUCUACAGAACGAGCAACAAUCUUCAAAGCAAAGCGAGAUAAUCUUAGUUCCUCAUGGCGCAACCUCCCGGGGAGGCCACGCUCCUUCUCCCUUCACUCUUCUCCCUCUUCCUGCGCGCCGGCGCUACGUUACUGGAAGACAGCAGCGGACUGUCGCGUCUCGUCUCUUUCACGGUUGGUGUGGGAACGUGUUAGAUGCAGUACUUAAUACUUUUACGGUGGCCUGUUUUUUAACCGGAGACCCAGAGUGACAUGAUUUGGUCCUAAUAUCUUGUUACUAGCAGGUUAAAAAAAAUAAAAUGGCCACGUUUCCACCAGGCGUUGCGGUUCUACAGCCUGUAGUGCAACAACCACCCUUUCCCCCAAAGGAAGGUUCCCGAAGUGUACACUUAGCUUGAAAAGACACCGCUAAGGCUAUUUGGAGUGUAUAUUUCGAAGGACGACGUGAAAGCGCAGUGCUGAACCACAAACCACCGUUACCGCACGCCAGUUGCAAUCGACCUCUUGUCUCAAGCUCAAUCACCUUCAUCCGUUAUUUAAAAGCUGUCGAUAAGGACCAAACAACUGCGCUUACAAAGAUUUUGGUUCUCCGCCCUGGGACUAUUAGCUGGCCUUAGCGUGUCAACCGCGGUCGUCCUCGGGUUUUCUUUCACGUCCUUCUCGCAUCGCGCUUUGGUAUUAUUUGCGGCGACUUAAGGUUUUCUGUCGCUGUCCCUUUUGUUUUUUUUGGUUCUUCCUCUCCCCCCUUGUGAGGGCGACCAUCAGGUGAACGACCCCGCAAGUCCACUUUUGCGGGGUCAACCGCUCGUCAAAAACAACAACCUGUGUUAUGUUGCACAUGCGAUACUCUCGUGGGAGUUCACUGACACCAGGAGCGUCCAAAGGAUCUCACAUUUGACCGACAAAGGACAAAACUUGUUUUCUCUCGACUUCUAUGACGGUAUAUGCGUUGUUUUAAAUACAUAUAUAUAUAUUUUUUUUUUUUUUAAAAAAGGAUCAACAAAACUGUACAGGUCAGUUGAGCUCUAUUUUAUUUCAGAUUUUCUUUCCGUUUUAAGAGAAGAUGUAAGAAAGUCUGUGCAACCAAACAUUUUUUUUUUCUUUUUGCCUUUGGAAAAUAAUUCAGGGUUGAAUUUUUUUACAUUUAUGCUUAAAGAUUAUUUUAAUUGGUCGACACAAGAAAAGUCACCUGCUGGCUUUUUUUCAUAUAGUAGCCACAAAUGGGCUCAGAUUAAGAUUGUAAUAAUAUUGUUCAUGACGAUAAUAAUAUUUUUUUUUUUGGUAAUUGGUUUUAAAUGUUAUUUUUGUACGCCCCAUUGUUUGUCGCUUCGUCUCUUUCGCGUUGACAUGCACAACUCCCCCUCUUUGUCGAUCAGCCCCGGCCCAUUGAACGCAUAUCCAUUUUUUUUUGUCUUUCAUACCUCGUAUCCAUAGCGACGCGUUUUAUUUAUCGUUCCUUGGUCUUCAGGUUUCGCCAGCAAAACAGUAUGCACACCGUCCUCGAUCUCAGAACGAGUCCACCUGUGCCUUUAAGAAACAGCCUUGCCCCCCCACCUCAUCCCCACCUUAAGUCACCACCCACCAAUAAUGCCGUUCAUAAUUGCUGCUUACGCUAUUUGUUUAGUCCUGUAUAACUCAAAUUGUUGUCGCCCAGAAAAAAAAAAAAACAAACACACAAAAUAUUUGUAUGUUGCAGAAAUCAAUCAGUAAAAUGAACAUUAUAUAAA